UCAGGCCUUUAGACACUUGCUGUAGCUAUAAGAGGACACAGGCAUAAUUCCUUAGUCAGCAGUAUGAACUGAACUUACUUCCUAUUUCUCUUGUGCCUUUUGAGUUAUUGCUUUUUUAUCCGCGUUGCAGUUUGACUCGACUUUUUGUUUGAUCUAAUAAGGCAUUCAGUCAAUCUUGAUGGGUCAAUGUGAAAGGGCGGCCGUUUCUAAAAAAGCACAUUACGGACAUAAAGCAAUGAGAGAGAGUCUGACGGCUUCACACACGCAGUAAACAGACUAAAGUGAAGAUGGAAACUUUCGAAACCACAAGGCACUCUUAAGCCUUUGACACUGAGAUGCUGUUAAUCUGAUUCAGAGAGUUGAACCAAAGAUCUGUUCGCAGACUUUCUUCAGACAACGCACUCAACACUUGGCCUUUCUAAAACCUACAAGGGAAAAAAACAAUUCUUGAAAUCUGCCGAGAGCUGACAGUGUGAAGGCAACAACUUGAGAGUCUAUCCAACUAACAAAUGACAGAAAACGAUGUCUUUCAUAGCUACACUGAAACCACCAUGCAAUCACGUUCCCUCAAGCCAUUAAUUUAACAGUACAGAACUGGCACUUUAAUCUUUCUAAAGAUGACGGAAAACCUAUACGAGACCAGUCAGUUUACCAACCACACCAACGGGACUUAUUUGUUCCAGCACAGCCCAAGCGCACUGGGUGGACCUCACUAUGGUGUACCAAACGUGAGCUCGAUCCAAUCAUCUCCAAUGUCUCCUCGACUCAACCACGAGCAGCUAACAUCUCCUGGCACUCCAGGACAUGAACUUUCUCCAAUGCUUGAGAUGCCAAACAGCGGCGGGACUUGGGAAUAUAAUCAGUUUGGACGGACAUCAUCAUGGGGAUCUUCUUCUCACGAAGAACUGCCUGAAACCUCUCGAAUCUAUCCGUUCAAUAUCACGUCUCAAAACAACACUUCACUGAGUUGCAAGGACAACGGCAGUGCUUCUCAUCAUCAAAUGCUGGACUCGUUCUCAAAGGCCUUUCCUACGAAAAACAUCCAACUUCAUUUUGGCGAUAGCAACAGGACUGAUGAUAAACAUUCAGAAAGUCACAUUUCAGGGGUUUUGCACUUGCCUCAGAGUCUUUCAGAUGGAUCAGACAGGCAGGCUUUGGAGUCUCCAGUUUAUAACCCAAUGGUCAUUCAAGGUCAAUGCGAUCAGGCUGGAUUCCAUCCAUCGGAAAGCCAAAACCCACUCCACAGCCUUUACCAAAACAACCAACAGUUUCACUAUGGAUACCACCAACACAAACCGAAAGUGAACAACAUGGAGCAGGUAAACAGGAGUCUCCAGAAGCCACAGAGCUCUUGGCACAGCUAUCAAAGUCAUCCGAUGUCAUACCCAAUGACUUUGAAUCAACAACAACGAGGGAUUUUUGCACAUAAAACUCAUCUGGACUCUCAUGAACCUGUUCAAUCGCCAACCUACGACCACCGUCAAGACUUCAAAGUCCCGGAGCAGCAGAUCUUCCAUUACCAAGACCAACAACAUCUUCGUUCGCUUUCCCAACCUGGCAAUCCUUACCUCGCGCAAGAUCACGUGCAAACGAUCCCCGCAAAGCACAACAACGUGUUUAGUGACGCUCAUCACUCGGCACCCAACACACCAGUGUUCUCGAGUCCCAAAGACGAUCAAUCUGGUUUCAACUUCCCACACCGAAGUGAAGACCUCUGCAGUCCGCUUUACCAAAACAAAAGCUCAGGGGUCUGUAAAACUCUUCCACAGAUGACUUUGAGGGGGGAUAUUUUUCAUCAUCUCACCACACAUGCGUCUCAGUGGUCACAGGCACCUUCACCAGAUAUUCAAGAUGAGGCCAUUUCACCUCAUUUCAGAGCAGAACCUGGGUUGUCGAGAGAAGACGGAUCUCAUCCAAAGAUGCGAUGUACCGUUUGUCACAGAGAGUUCAAAAGUCUUCCAGCUCUGAACGGUCACAUGCGCUCACAUGGAGGACUGCGGACACAACCCACAUCUCUCAAAACGAGAGAUGGGCACAUUAAUCUGUCUGAGUCUGCUCAAACCAACCCCAUCAUCUUACCUGUGUCAGUACCUGUCAAGGACUACCCAAACAAACUCACGAUCAGCCUUCUGUGCCACCAGAAAGACGAUGAACAAAGCGGUUUAAUUAAGUCCGGUACACAGUCACCCCUGCCGUCUGUACGAAACCACCCUUCCUGUGUCAAGAGAUCCAUCUUGGAUGGAGAAUGUGUACCGAAGCAGGUGAAAAAGAGGUACCGUCACUGUCUGGUCCCACUGAUGAUUCCUCCGCCCAGCGCCGGUCAGGAAUCCAGAGGUGCUGUACUCUUCCGCAGUCAGCUGAGGACGCCGAGCAGCAUGGGGGACGACGUGCCGUACACCCCUCCGCCCAUGCUCAGCCCCGUACGCCCGGGAUCAGGCCUCUUCAGUGCCAUCAGUGGAAGAGGCAAGAGCAGCAGGAUUGAAUCUGUUGCAGAUGGGGCUGGUGAUAUGGAUGACUGUGGUGAGACUGCAAGAGAGAAAGCAGUUAAUGUUACACCUCAUAUUAACGUUGGUGAGGAUUUUCAAGCAAAGAUCCCAGACAUUAAGGGUCAAACCCUCACAGAGGAAGAUACCCAUAAUGCUGUUCUUCUGUGGUCACCCUCCAAAGACCUGGAUACCCCUGAUAACCAGCAGAACGUGGACGAUCUUCUGAAAAUGGCAUGCUCUAGUGUGCUACCAGGUGGUGGAGCAAACACAGAAUAUGUCCUGCACUGUCUUUUCGAGUGCAGAGGAGAUAUUAUGAACACCCUUGAAAAGCUUCUCCUGCAAACAUUGCCGAGAAACACAUCCAGCCCCAAAACAGACUAUCAUUACGCAGGAUCAGACAGAUGGACGCUUCAGGAAAAACGGCAGCUGAACAAAGCACUUUUAAUGCAUAACAAAGACUUCUAUCUUGUCCAGAAAAUGGUCAAAACAAAGUCAGUUUCUCAGUGUGUCGAGUACUAUUACACAUGGAAAAAGCGUUUGCGCUUGGGUACGAGAGUCAGUACGGCUCUGUCUACACCUGUUCAAGACCAGCGGGGCGACUGGCCGAUAAUCAACACAGCAGAACCAAACAAAGAAGCCGACAGCAAAAUCAGGGAAGCUGAAAUAUCAGAAAACUCCAGCACCAUGUUUGUCAAUUGUGAAGUUUCAAACUCUCAGAUGAGCGAAGAAACAUGGACCCAGAACAACCUCCGGCUGCUUUGUAGCUCUCCGGCCGAAAACAGAGCAUCCUCGCUGACCCUGCCUUUGGGUUCGGCUUCUGUGAGAAGUUCUCCCUCCAACAGCACAACCAGUGGAGAUACUGAUUCAGCCGUCGUCUUUCCCUGCACAGAGUGUGGAAAGGUGUUUUUAAAGGUGAAAAGUCGAAAUGCCCACAUGAAGACACACCGACAGCAGGAGGACAUACAAUUGUGGCAUUUUCCCAGGGCUUCUGAGCAAGGUCAUGCAAUGAUGACACCUGAAUGUCCUGUUACACCAUUAAAACAACCCAUAAGCCUUCAUUCUUUAACAUGUGGCAGAACCGGGGAGGUGAAAGCAUCGAUAAAUGACAUGUGCAGUGAGUCAGUACAGGAAAUCGACUGCCCUCUGAAGACACUUCCUGUCCUACAGAGUCCACUGGACUAUAUUACAAGUUAGAAGAUGAAUGAGGAUUGUCUUUGUAAACUAUAAUUGACUCCAUGUAAAUGUAUGAAAAUGUAUGUAAAAAAUAAACGUAUGCAACGUG